CAUUCCUCUCCGGUAAUCCUAAAACCACCAAAAACGAAGCCAUGGCCCGAACAUUCACAAAACCACCAAGCUUCACCGGCUCACAGAAGCGGCUCGCCACCGGCUUACUCGAGUCGGUCACUUCUCUCUGGGUUCUAUGCGCCAAGCGCGCCAUCCGAAUUUCCAGAAAGCUCCGAGUCGAGAACUCGACCGGCUCGCCGAGGUCGCCGAAGCAGCUUCUGGUUACGAUUAGCAACAAGGCGAUUCAAUUCAGGCUGAGGAAGAAGAGAUCUUGCUCCGCCGCCGCCGAGGAGUUUGAAAUCGAAGCCGGCGAUGGAGAGCUGUGGCAGAGGACGAUCUUGAUGGGGGAUAAAUGUCAGCCGUUGGAUUUCUCCGGAGUAAUUUAUUACGAUAACAAUGGAAAUCAGCUUUCCGAGUUGCCACUCAGAUCGCCGCGUUUGAGUCCGCUUCCGAGUUAUGUUUACGCGAAGCGGGACUAGUAGUUUUUUUCUAUGGUCACCGGCCGGUCACCUAUUCAGGUCACUCCUCAUAUUUGAUAGGUGAACAUAGCAGUUAUGGGUGUGUAAAAUGUUCAGCUUUUGUUUUUGUUCUUGUUUUUGUUUUUAUGAAAAAUUAGCGACACAAAACUCAAUCACAAAAAAAAGGGAACACAAUCUCUGGCGGGAAGUGAAUUUUAUCUUUUUGUUAUUCCCAUGUAAGAAUAUCAUGUUUUGUUUUGUGAUUGUUUUUUUGUGUAAAUAAAAUUAUCCUAGUUUGGUGAUUAGUUAUACCGCAAUGUUAUUGUGUAAA